CGUCCGUUAUCAAGCCCCACUGCAUAAACACCCCCAACAACCUCUCUCUCUCUCACUCUCUCUCUCUACAAAGUCCUCUAUUUUGGACUAUAUUACCCUCCACUUUCAUCUCUCUAUACUUACAUAUACUUACACGCUCACAUCAAUGGCGGUGGCGAGUCCAGAGAUCACUGAAUUGCCGCAGUCAAUGGCGUCUCAAUCGACGUCGCAAUCAGCCUCGCCGGAUCGCUCGCCGUCAGAUCUCUCUUCUCGCUCUCCGUCGAAACGCGAAAUUCAGUCACAACCAUCUUUGAAGAGCGAAGAGUAUAGGCAGUUGUUUCGACUUCCACCUGAGGAAGUCCUAAUCCAGGAUUUUAACUGCGCCUUGCAAGAAAGUUUCAUUCUGCAGGGACAUAUGUACUUGUUUGUCCAUUAUGUAUGCUUCUAUUCCAACCUAUUUGGGUUUGAGACAAAGAAAAUAAUCCCAUUUGAAGACAUUUCAUCUGUACGAAGAGCUAAGACCGCGGGACUUUUUCCAACUGCCAUAGAAAUUACAGCUGCAGGAAAGAAGUUCUUCUUUUCAUCUUUUCUGUCUCGUGAUGAAGCUCUUAAACUCAUUGAAGAUGGCUGGUCGGAACAUGGGAAUGGAGCUAAAUCAGUCAUGGAUCAACAGGAUGUGAGUCCGGUGUUAAGUACCCCAGAGAAUGGAAGUCUUGCUGGUGAACAGCCAAGAACCUCCAACGAGGCAGUAGAUGAGUUGGAGUCCAGCGAAAGGAAUAAUGAUGUGGCAGAGGAUUAUGAUACUCCCCCUGGUACUGAAGCUGAAUCUGUAUCAACAUCUUCUAGGUUGCAAAUUAAUUUGGAGAAGGAUGCAGAAGACAUUGUAGAUACCAGCUCUUCACCUGCAAAGUCUAUGGUGUGGGAGCCUGAGGAUUCUGAUGCACCCAAGGUCCCAGAAUGUUAUACAAUGGUUGCAGAAGGAAAGUUUCCGCUAGAGGUGGAUGAGUUCUUCAAUCUCUUUUUGUCGGACAAUGCCCUGGAUUUUCUCGAAUCGUAUCACAAUAAGUGUGGGGAUAAAGAACUAAAAUGCAGCCCGUGGCGUCCUCAUGAAAAAUAUGGGCAUGCUCGUGAUGUCUCGUUUAAACAUCCUAUAAAGAUAUACUUAGGUGCAAGAUACGGUAGCCCCCGGAAGAUCCAGAAACUUAGAGUAUACAGAAACAGUCAUUUAAUUGUCGAGACAACACAAGAGAUCAGUGAUGUACCUUAUGGAGAUUACUUCUGCGUGGAGGAGUUUUGGGAUGUGGAGAGAAUUGGCGAUGGCACCAGAGUAAGGAUAUAUAUAAAUGUGGCUUUUUCAAAAAAUACCAUGUGGAAAGGAAAAAUAGUACAAUCUACUAUAGACGAGUGUCGAGAUGCUUAUGCUACUUGGAUAGCUCAUGCACAUGCUUCAUUACAGAAAAUGGACCUGGAAAAAGAAGGACGUAAUGCCGCUAAUUUGAUUGCUGAUGGUCAAGUUCAUGUAGAAACACAAGAAGAUAUUGUGGAGAAUUCAGGAGCACCACAUGUACAGAUGUCAGAUUCUUAUGGAGUUAAUCAAGACAGCAUUCAGCUAGAAGAGAAUUUCCGGUAUCGGGAUUCAGUUCUGUCUUUUCUUCGAGGUUCAUUGAUGAAACUUGGUUCAUAUUCUAAAUCUCACAGUCAGUUCCCGUCAGUCGUAGUUAUCAUUGUGGCUGCAAUCUUCCUCCUGAUGCAGAUAAGUAUUAUAGUCUUGUUAGCUAGACCACAACAGAUCCAUGUGGUUCCUCAAGCAAACUACUUGAGCAGUAUGAAUGUUGGACCGGCUGAAGAGGCAAAAACAAUGUUAUUGCUCGAUAAGCAGAUAAGCCACCUUAAGGAGGAGAUGCUUAUGGUUGAAACACUUCUGGAAAAGAUGCAGUUACAGCAUGCACUAUUAAAAGCUCAGUUGCAAGAUGUACUUCGUGAUCGUAUGAAUCGGUAAACCCUUGCAUAUUGAAGUCCCAGAAUCACAUGUAAAUUUACAGUUUUGUUCCUUUAUUUAUAUGUAUUAUUGUUUAUUCACUUCGUGCGUAAAUUUAGAAGAAUCUGUAGAGUGUAUUAGGCCAAUUGGCUGGAUGAGAGAGAUUAUAGAAGAAUGUAAAAGGGUUUGUAAAGAUGCAUUUUCACUUCAUUUUUCUUUGAAACUUUAAACUUAUCACUUCAA